AAAGACCUCUUGUCUUAAAAUGUUAAUAAAUUAAACAUUUUCCGUUACGGCUUAUUACGGCACAGUUCAGACGAAUGCCCGCCAACUUCGGACUUUUGUAUUAACAAACCAGAAAGAGGGAAAGAUUAAGAAGAAGAAGGAGGCAGAGGAAGAAAGAGGUUCUGGAAUCAGGAUUCAGCAAAAGUGGCCCGAAUGGAAUCCUAUUUUUAACUACUAGUAUUUUUGUUCAUCUCUUUCACACACUCACACAGUGUGGAUGAUUUGGAGCCAGCCGAUUUUUUUCCUGAUUUUCCAAAGUUCCAGUCUUUCGAUCGUACAAACCCGAGAAAUCAUCUGGGAUUAGCCAAUAAAAGAAAGAUGAUGUUACGGUCCAAGUCAUCAUCCAGGUACCGAAGAAAUUAACGCAAAACCCCUGUUUUUUUUGGGGGGCCAAUUUUUUCUCUGUCUGGUUUUUAUUCUGCUUCAUUGUUCUUGACACCAUUUUUAACUCUUGCCCCUUUUUUUUUUUUUUAAUCUCUUGCUGGUGGGUGGUAUUUAUUCUAAAGUUUUGGAUUUUUUUGCAUGCCCUUUUAUCAUCUAGAUAUGCAUGUGAAAUCUGGAAUGAACUUUGUUUUCUUUUCUUUUUGAGCCCCUAUAUUGAUGAUGCAUUGAACGUUGGUGGUAUAUAAUUCCAAGAUUGAUUCUUUCGAUGAAUUUGGAUUUCAUUUUGUGGUGUUUUUAGAUCUGGGAGUGUUGAUUUUGGACAAAAAAGUCAACCAUCAGUUCUUUCUAGGACCCUUUCUGCAUCCAGAUUGUGCAGAGGUGGUGAUGUUUUAGCUUCACAGAUUAAUUCAAAUGCCCUUAAAUCUAUUGGAAGAAGGUCUGCUGAUAGAUAUCCAUCCAAAGUUGAUAAUUCAUUCGAGAAUCGAAUUGGUAGAGCUGUGACAAUGCAAGAACAAAAAGGGCGGGCUGAUUAUGAGUUGAAGGGGACAAGAGAAGAUUUUGUUGUUUCGGAGGAAGAAAGGAAUCGAUCCAUCAACGAACUGAAGGAGGCGAAAAGGUUGGCUUUUGCAGCCAGUAUGAUGAAGGUCAAUGAGGGGCCGUCUCCCAAGAAGGAUGGGGAAUUAAUGGCUGAAAUUAAGAAGUUGAAGGAGUUGUUAUCGAAAUCAGAAGAGGAACUGAAGAUGAAAGAUGACAGCAUCGGGCUAUUGAAGGUAGAACUCCAGCGGGCAAAACAGUUUGAGGCUAAGUUGUCCGAGAGAGAUGCAUCAUUAGCCCGAUCCAAAGAGGAAAUCAAUAGAGUUAGAAUAGCUGAGGCUCAUGCUUCACAGUUGUUAAAUGCAAGUAGCACAAGGAUUCAGGAACUAGAGGAUGACGUGCAGAGAGGAAGUGUCUCGGAAGCGAAAAUGCUGGAUUCGUUAGCAUCCCAAACGAAACAGCUUGAGCAGAUUAAAAUGGAACUUGAAGAAUCUAGAAUAGAAAUCGCUUCCCUGACUGCGAAAAUCGCAUCACUUGAGGCUUCUUCGAAUCAGAAACACAGUGAAGUUAUCGUCCCUGACAGAGUGGAGAAGAGGGACUUGGUAGCAGAAGAAAGUGAUAGUUCAAAGCCUGAUCAUGAAUUAGUAGAGGGUCAUGUGUCUAAAGACCCACAGCAGGAUGACUUCAAGAGUUCUGAACUCGAUGAGAUGAAAUCAUUGAGAAAUGAACUCAAAUUGGCACUUGAUGCUGAGGAGAAGAGCAAGAAAGCUAUGGAUGAUUUAGCAUUGGCACUUAAAGAAGUUGCAACAGAAGCCCAUCAGGCGAAGGAGAAAUUGGGUGUUGCACAGCUCGAAUUAGAACAUGUCAAAGAUGAGGCAGAGCAAUUGAAGAAGAUGGUGAGGAGCACCGAGGAAAGAUACGAAAAGCUUCUGGAUGAGGCUAAGAAAGAGGCAGAACUGUACAGAAACACUGCAGAUAGAUUAAGGAUAGAAGCCGAAGAAUCACUUUUGGCAUGGAAUGGAAAAGAAAUGGGCUUUGUGAGUUGCAUUAAGAGAGCAGAAGAAGAAAGGGCCAUUUGUCAACAUGAGAAUUCUAGACUGACUGAAUCCCUGAAAGCUGCUGAACCUAAAGUAAGAGCGGCUAGGGAGGAAAACUUUAAGCUGAGAGACAUAUUGAAGCAGGCUAUCAGUGAGGCCAAUGCUGCCAAAGCUGCUGCUGGUCUUGCCAGAGACGAAAAUUCAUAUCUCAAGGACUGCCUAGCUGAAAAGGAAGAAGCUUUGCUUUUUCUCUCGAAAGAGAAUGAGCGUCUGAGGAUUAAUGAAGCUGCAGCUCAUGAGAAUGUUAAGGAGUUCAAGCGGCUGCUGGCUACUGCAUCAACGGAGCUCAAAACUCCGGAAAAUGAGAAGGAUGGGCUAGUAAGGACGCAUAGUCUUAGAAUUGAGCAUGAUGAGGACACCAACCUAGAAAGGCAGAAUUUCAGUUUCAACCUUGACGAGCUGAAAUUCUUGCAGGACAGUGAAGAUUCAGAUCAUACUCUCAGCCAUGAGGACCCUGAAAAGGAAGAGGCACUUAAAGGAUCCAUAUUCGACACAACAGAUUCGCCAAGAUCCGAACCACAAACUCCUAAACCAGUGUCUCAUCAUACGAGAGACUCUUCAUCAGCCUUUACAGAUGAUGGUGAAACAACAAUUUCAGAAGAUUUAGAAAAUCCAGACAGCAGUCAUUGUGAUGAUUCGGAUAGUGAUCGAAACCACAGACGGAGGAAAACAAUGUUUAGAAGAGUUGGGGAUCUCAUAAUGAGAAAAAGUUAUUAUUAUCAUAAAAGGGAACCAUCCUCUGAGAAGGUUCUUGUUUGAUAACUUUAGUUUAGUAGUAAGACAAAUUAGUUUGGCGCCGUGCAUCAUGUAUAAUGAUGAACAUAACAAAAUGCAUGCGCAUACUUGUUAUACAUUUUGCAGGGGUGAUGCUAUCAUGUACCUAUUACUUUUCGAUAUUUAUAUAUAUUUAAAAUGAUUGUUGAUUAUCAAAUUCUGUAAAAGUUAUUCUUUAAUCGCAUAUUGAUCAUUCCUUUUGUGGUAUCUGGCAAAGCUAGUCUAGACAGUUUCCUCUCAUUCUGAAACUAU